GUUGUAUGUGGAGCAUGAGGGCUGCAGUAGAUGUCGGGAGAGUGAAGGCUAGGGUGUCAUCUGAAAAGCUGUCCAUGGGCUACUGUAGCCAGUAACUUGUUAGGCAAAUGUUGAUACGCGUUAUGAAUGAUUGACUAGGAGCAAAGGUAUGUCUGGUACACAGGUCUACAUUUUAUCCAUGCCCAUCAGUCAUUUAAACUAGGUUGUUAUACGGCAUGCUCUCUGAGACUCUGACAUAACAAGACCAAAUCUGUUUAUGAGUCCAAUAUACCGUUUCCUAGUUGUAUCAUUGAGCGGUUAGUGUUUAGCCAGUCCGCUACCUUGACACUGUUCUGUGAAACGGAUACUUCGUGAACGUAGAUGUCAUGAUUCGCUUCGAUGAAUCGUCUGGAGUUCCGCUGAACUGGGAAGCCACGUCGCUCAUUGGCCAGCAUUAGUUCCUUUUGACUACUUCGGCUUCUGCUAUUGGCUGAGCCGCAGUCAGCCUGCCCGUGGACCCGCCUCCUCCCAGCAAAAAGGACAGAUUCUGAUUGAUCAUUUAAAGGCAGUGUUUCUGUUCAUCCUUCCAGUACGCGUCUCCACCGUUUUUACAUAGUGUUUCAGCCAGCCAGUCUUACCGCACGACCCAAGCGGACACCAAGCUCCCAGCGGUACCGGGUGAAGCCUCGGUGGCGUGAAGGCAGGUGUUGAGGACUGUCUUUCUCUCUCUGCAUCAUUCUGUUGUUCUGAGUCAUGGCGUCCUCUCUGCUCAGCAGGCAGCUGGUCCUCUCCCUCCAGCAGAACCUCAGGCUCACUGCACCAGGCUGCAGGUAUGUCAGUAAGGCAGCAGCUAAGACUCAGAUGGAGUUUGAAUACGAUGGGCCUUCCAUGAAGACCGAGGUCCCAGGACCCCGUUCCAAGGAGCUGACCAAACAGUUGGGAGAGAUGCAGAAUGUGGGAGCAAUCAAUUUCUUCUGUAACUAUGAGGAGAGCAGAGGAAACUACCUGGUGGACGUGGACGGAAACCGCAUGCUGGACGUCUACACACAGAUCUCCUCCAUCCCUAUUGGAUAUAACCAUCCCUCACUCAUUAAAGUGAUGUCCAACCCCAACAAUAUGAGUGCGUUUGUGAACAGGCCAGCUCUUGGGAUCAUGCCACCCGAGAACUUUCCGGAAAAGCUGGCGGAAAGCCUUCUCUCAGUUGCUCCUAGUGGUAUGAGCCGUGUUCAGACCAUGGCCUGUGGAUCCUGCUCCAAUGAGAAUGCAUAUAAAGCCAUGUUCAUCUGGUACAGAAAUAAGGAGAGAGGCCACAACAUCCCCUCUGAUGAAGACAUGAGCUCCUGUAUGAUCAACCAGAGCCCUGGCUGUCCAGACCUCAGCAUCCUGUCGUUUAUGGGUGGAUUUCAUGGCAGGACAAUGGGUUGCUUGGCAACGACGCACUCCAAGGCCAUCCACAAGCUGGAUGUGCCGUCAUUUGAUUGGCCGAUCGCUCCCUUCCCUAAACUGAAGUACCCUCUGGAGGAGUUCAAACGGGAGAACGCACAGGAAGAGGCCCGCUGCCUGGAGGAGGUAGAGGACCUGAUAGUCCAGUGGCGUCAGAAGGGCCGGCCGGUGGCUGGGAUAGUGAUUGAACCCAUCCAGGCUGAGGGAGGAGACAACCACGCAACACCGGACUUCUUCAAGAAGCUACGGAACAUCGCACGCAAGCAUGGCAGUGCGUUCCAUGUGGAUGAGGUGCAGACAGGUGGAGGAGCUACCGGGAAGUUCUGGGCUCAUGAACACUGGGGGAUGGACGACCCCGCUGACAUCGUCUCCUUCAGCAAGAAGAUGCUCACUGGAGGUUUUUACCAUAAAGAUGAGCUGCAGGCAGACAAGGCCUACCGUAUCUUUAACACGUGGAUGGGUGACCCGUCUAAGAACCUGUUCCUGGCUGAGGUUCUGAACGUGAUCCGCAGAGAGAACCUUCUGGAGGAGGUGACCCGCUCUGGGAAGACUCUGCUACAGGGACUCUACCAACUACAGGACCAGUACCCUAACCUGUUGAGCAGUGCUCGGGGACAGGGGACAUUCUGUGCCAUCGACAUCCGUGAUGACGCCACACGCAACAGCAUCAUCCUCAAAGCCCGGGACAAGGGUGUUCUGCUGGGUGGCUGUGGAGAUCGGUCCAUCCGGUUCCGUCCUGCUCUGGUGUUUAAAGAGUACCAUGUUCACAUGUUCCUGAACGUGUUCAGCGACGUCCUGGCAGAACACAACUAGAACCCUGCCCCGGUCCCGUCCACACUGGACUGGGCCAAACCAACAUGGGCCAAGAUCAGCUGGGGAUGCGGUGUAGGGGAGAGGAAGCACAAGAGUCUUAACCUAUCACAGAGGUUCACACAGUAACGCAUACACUUAAAGGGAUGCUACGGGAUUGAAGACCUUUUUCUCCUUCCCCAGAGUCAGAUGAUACUCGUGGAUACCAUUUAUAUGUAUCUGUGUGCUGUUUGAAGGAAGUUGCUAACUAGUGCAAUUGCUAACUAGCAUUAGCGCAAUGACUGGAAACGUUGGCUCGUGAAACUACCUCUAACUUCCUUCAACCUGGACACAGAGACAUAAAAUGGAAUCUACGAGUUCAUCUGACUCUGGGGAAGUGAAUAAAGGGCCUCACUGCCACAAUCCCGAAGUAUCCCUUUAACACACACACCAUACACACUUGAAUUUGUCCCAUUGCUCAUGUGGCAGUCCUAGCAUUCCUCAUGUCACAGUAAUGUCCUAAUGAUACGCCUGCAAAAGGCACAAGCACAAAACAUAGUCUUAUUUUGGUCAUGUCACACAAACCCUCCAACUCCCUAACAAAUGAAGGAACAGCAAGAUAUUUUAGAACAAACACACCUGACAGGAGUGGUUAGCAGCAAGCUAACCUAAACGAGGUUGUAAUGAUACAAAAUGGCUGCCGCACACCGACCUUUAACCCAUGUCCUAGUUUGGGUUCUGUGGGUCCUAGCUCUUUUUAACAGAACAAUUAUGUUUCUGUUUGUCUUGGAUUAUCUCAACCCCAGACAUUGGGAUUUUGUGAAGGAGAAUAUUAUAUUAGAUUAUGUAGUGUGUCUGCAUGUUGUUGUUCCUGAACUUCCUUUGGGUUGAAGGAAUUGAGACCUGGGUUCCAGACUCACCGUACGCCAGGGCUAACAGUCUAUUUUAAACCCAUAACCAUACAGAUAUACCCAUGUUUAAAUUGAAGGCAGGUUUUUGCAGUAAGGACCGCUAAUAAAAAGAUGUUGACUUGUUUGGGACGUAGUCGUAGUAGUGCAUCUUGCCAUAUUCAUCCGGUUUCCUCAUGAAACGACUGAACUCAUUGAUGUACAGCACAAGGUGUCUACGUUGUUUUUUUAAAUGUUGUGGACAGGUUGAAAUAGCAGCAGUAACACCAAGGAGUAGGCUUCAGCAUUAUAAUAUGGCCAUGAUGAUGGUGAUGACGAUUACAGUGAUGAUGAUACCUGUCUUGUUAACCCUUAACAAUCAGUAUUGUAUAGAGAGCUGAUUUCCUGGUAACCCUUAACAAUAGUAGAAGCAUUGCUAUGUUUGUUUACAUUGUUCUGUGAGGUUAAAGGUUAUUGCAGAUAUCUAAUUAUUGUUGUCUAUGAAGCAUCCUCUUUAUGUAUCCUAAAAUAAAAGCAGAAUCCCAUUUGAAUGAA